AUGUAUGCUGUCAGUACAAUAUGCUCUUCCGUCAAGGGCUUGUCUGCCUGUACACACGGAGAACAGGAGAACGACCUGCAGGAGAACGACCUGGGCCAACUUGAAAGUAACUGUUCGCUUGCCGAAAAAGAUUUCUUUCGGGUACAGCACGACGUCUGUUGGACACUGCACGAGCUCGGUUGUCUGACCAGACCCGUCGCUACAUCCGGGAGUUCGCAGCCACUGCCCGCCCUUGGCGGAGGAUCUCGAAGAAGGGCCGUUCCAGAUCCAAAGAUAAUAGAAGUGCACAAGUCGAGUGAAAAUAACGCUCGCCUCACUCGCGGACCGCACCUUGCAAGUGGCCAAGUAUGCGUGGACCCAUCUACUCAGGAGAAACGACUGAACAGUGCGUCCAUCGACGUUAACAUUCAGCCUCUCUCCUGGGAUGUGGACACCAAUGCGGACCGGCUGGAGAUCUACUGGCCGCAGUGUGCCCGUAAGCCACCCCAUGCGAGCAAAUACACUGCUGAGUGGCUUCACCAGUUCGCUGGCUUGUUCCAACCGAAAGAAGCACCUGCAGCUCCCCGUCCCGCUCCCGCUGUAGCGCCCGUCCCGCACCAUACAGAAAUCACGGAUGAAGCUUACACAAAUACUCGUUCUUCGAUCAUCCUCUGGAACCGGGAUGAAAUUGAAGAGAACCCACCGGAGGUUGAGUACGAAGAUUUUAUGGAAACUAGAGUUGGGCUGAAGCAAAUGCUGAAAAACGUCUGCAAGUACGGCAUCUCAAUUCUGAAAGGCGUGCCAGUCAAUGAGCACCAAAUAAAGACAGUCGCACGUCGCAUGGGCUAUAUCAGGGAAACCGGGUAUGGAAAGACAUACGAUCUUAAAUACAAUCCAGACCCCAGGACACAUCUGUCUUACACUGGUCUGGAAUUCGGCCACCACACUGACCUGGCGUACCGAGAGCGAGCACCUGGUGUUCAACUGCUUCAUUGUUUGAAGUCUGCCGACCCAGCUACGGUACGGGAAAAUGCGGGCGGGAGAUCUUUCUUCGUCGAUGGCUUCUACGUUGCACAAUGGCUUCGCUACAACUACCCCGCUCAGUUCAACCUUCUAGCUUCAACACCGGUGACGUUCUCCUUCCUGGAUUCGCAAAGAGAUCGGUGGUUCCGCGAGACAUGGCCGGUGAUAAGCGUGGACCACCUGGGGAAGCUGAAAGAUGUUCACUACAGUCUCUUCUCAAUGCGGCCGCCCCUUCUGCCCCAAAAUCAAGUGGCCGCUUACUACGAUGCCCUGAGGACUUUCGCCAACAGGGUGGAGCAAAGUACACUUCAGUAUUCUUUCUACCUCACACCUGGAGACCUUGUCGUACUCAACAACCGGCGAAUCCUUCACGGCAGAACAGCGUAUGACCCAACUAAAGUUGAACGACAUCUGAAGGGAUGCUACAUGGACCUGGAUGAGAUUCGAUCACUUUAUGAGAAGAUGAGGAAGGACGACCACUUGUAAAUAAUCAUCAUCACCACACAUAUGUAUAUAUUCACCUAUAAGUACCUGUGAUUUUAGGGCAAUGUUACAAACCAUUUACCCUUCGCAGCGGCUGGAAUAAAACCAAUCGCUUAUUACCA